AUGUUGUGUUUCCGGAAUGGCGCUCGGUUGACUGUUGAACUCAAACGCUUCUUACAAGGAGAUAAUGUUAUGGAGGAUAUUGAGGUUGUGGAUGUUUCGGUGGACAAUGUCGAUGAUGUUGGUGAGCUUGCUUUUCUGUUUGAGCUCCCGAUCAAGCGGCAGGGGCGUCGCGACGAUAGAGAUGGUGGAAGACAUUGUAAAAAGCACGCCUUAAUACUAUUGUUUUCCCAAUUCAGGUACCGCGAUAAGCAGAUUUCAGUGAGCGAUAAAGCAACAACGGGUAAAUAA